UGCGACACGACUGUCGUCCAACCACAGCGAAGGCCUCAUUGCCACCGAACCAGUAAGCCAUGGCUGCCACCACCUCCUCCGACUACAACCCUUCUUACCAGAGGCUGCGCAAGCUGCCGCAAGAAACCGAGCAAGUCCGACAGCAAGCGGCAUUCUUCGAUGGCAUCCUAGGAAGGAGGAACCGGUGGCUGAGGCUUAACAGGGGAGGGAGGUGCCGGCGUCCAAGGAUCCGGGUGGCCGGCCUGAGAAGGCUGCUGAGGAACAAGACAGUGGCGGUGAGGGCUGCGGUGAGCGAGUCUGUGUCCAAGGUGCUCAAGAGGCUUAAGGAGGGAAGGCCUUACCUUGGGGAACUCUUUGCAGGGAACUAUUUGUUCGUGCAGGUGAGCCCUUCACCGACCCUGCCGUAUCUGGAGAAGACCAUCUUGUCUGUUCCUGCCGCGUUUAAUAGUCAUCAUAGUCGCAGCCAUGGCUAUUGCUAAAAGGCUAGCUAGCGCAGUUGUUGCGUCAGAUUUCUGAUUGCAAGACUGAGUACUGUUAAUUCUUGCCUGCUUCUUCAGUAGCAAGACGAAUAAAAGUCUUAAAGAAUGGUUGAUUCUUAGGAUUCUGAAGUGUUCUUGUCGAUCGAUCGUAUAUCUUGGCUAACUAGUUUUGCUAGUGUUGGGGAAUUGAAUUACUGCAAGAAAAUUGUAUUUCA